CUAGCUCUCUCUCUCUCUGCUCCUCUCGGCUGGAGCAAGCGCGGCCAACGCAGCGGUCCAGGGCUGGAGGCAGCCACGGCCAAAGGCAACGAGUGGAGCCGCGGAGCGGGAGACGGAUCCUUGACUUGUUUUUCUUGGAUGUGACGACGACUGACGCGCGCGGCCGCGCUCCUCCUCCCCACUCCGCCCCUCUGACCGGACCUGCGUACCCCGCGACGGACGCAGCAGGGCGGAGCUGCGUACUAUACCACGCGAGCGGUGAGCCGGUGGAAGCCAGCUUUGCUCCAAUCCAAGCCAGCCAGCCUUUCCUCCCUCCGUGCGCCCACAGCAAAGCCGGAGGAGGAGAGCGGAGGAGAAGAAACCACCACGAGGCGCCCGGAUUUCCGCCGAGAGAGUAAUGCGCUUAAGGAUUCACGACAAUGGCUUCAUUGGUGCCGGGUGUCCUCGUGAAGCUCCUUCAGCAUAUGAACACGGAUGUAAAAGUCGCCGGCGAGCAUCGGUCCUCGCUCCUUCAGGUUGUCAGCAUUGUCCCAGCGCUCGCCGGGAGCGAUCUGUUCACCAACCAAGGGUUCUACCUCAAGGUGUCCGAUUCAUCCCACGCGACCUAUGUUUCCCUUCCAGAGGAACAGCAUGAUCUCAUAUUGAGCGACAAGAUUCAGCUGGGCCAGUUCAUCCAUGUGGACCGUCUAGAGGCAGCCACUCCGGUUCCCAUCCUUAGAGGAGUUCGGCCAGUUCCUGGUCGCCAUGCUUGUGUUGGCACCCCUGAGGAUCUCGUGGUGACCAGCUCCUCCAAAUUUCAUGGCAGCAAGAAGGCGCAGCCAUCAAAUGGAAUGAAGGAUGCCAGCAUCUUGUCACUAGAAAAGGAAACGAGCAAAUUGGAGAAAAUAAAUGCUUCGCGCAAGCCUACUGGGGCGGAAAAUAAGAAGCCGAUGCUCACCAAAUCAAACUCUUCACUGUCGAGACAAGCUUUGAAUGGGAUUGGUGAUAAGAAGGAAGUAGUUAAAUCAAAGGUGAAGCCAGCUAUUACUAGGUCUACACCUUCAUCACCAACCAGUGUCUAUUCUCUACCUGCAUCAUUCGACAGAUUCUCUAAUGAUCUGAAACAGAGGAACAAAGUAAAAGGAGCAGAGAAAGCUUCAUCUUCUAGGCUUUCCUUGUUAGAAAAGGCUGCUUCUGUUUUGAAGGCUACUAGUGCCGGGAGAAAGUCCUCUGCUGGCAAUUCGAUCAGUAGCUCUGUGUUGAGUAUUGGAUCAGGGCCAAAGGCCUUGAGAAGAAGCUGGGAAGGGAACACAGAUAUUAAAGGAAAAGGAAAUUCAGAAUCAAAGACGGCCAAACCUGACAGGAAGUCUGAUAACAAGAUCCCAAUGACUCCUAGACGAAAAUCACCAGUGGAUGAGAAGGUGCCUCAUAAAGAUGAUAGUCAGAAAGCUGCUAGGAAGAGCACCGCAAGUGCUCCCUCAGAUGACGCUGACAAAGCAGUUAAGAAGCAUAUUCCUACUGUAAAGAGAACUUCUGGGGUUUUAGGAAACUCUAAUGUUACAAAUCUAGUGAAGGUUCCUCCCAACAGCAAAAAACUAACCGAUAUUAGCACUUCAUGGACAUCACUCCCUCCAUCUCUUGCCAAACUAGGAAAGGAGAUUCUGAAGUACAGGGAAUCAGCACAAAUAGCUGCUGUUGAAGCCAUGCAAGAAGCUUCUGCUGCAGAGAGCUUGCUCAGAUGUUUGAGCUCGUACGCGGAGGUGAGCUCCACGGCAGAGGAGCAGAACCCGCAGGCAGCCGUAGAGCAGUUUCUCACCCUCCACGCCGCGCUUUCGCGCGCCACGGUGAUCACCGACACCCUCGCCAAGUCUGCCACAUCUGCAACCUCGCCAGAUUGUUCGGCAGCCAGCGACGCUGGAACGGUGGGCUCCGCUACCGACGAGGAGGCCGCUGCCAUCACAGCCGAGCGCCGGCGCCGAGCUACGUCCUGGGUGAGCGCCGCUCUCGCUACGGACCUGUCCGCCUUCGGCAUCUACAACCUCAAACCGGUCCCCACCACCGUCACCUCGCCGCUGGCCGUGGUCGUCGUCGACGAGACUGCGAAGCCGGCGGUGGCAGCGGCCACGGCUACCAAAUCAUCGCCGUCGCCCAAGUCGCGGCUGUCCCCCGCGAAGGGGAAGGCGAGGACGGGCACUGCGGCGGCUGCAGCGGCGCUGACGACGACGCCCGCGCCGCCGGAGUGGGAGAGGGGAGGAGGCGCCGAGGAGAGGGGCGAGCUGGCGAAGCGGCUCGGACAGGAGUCAAGGGGCUGGUUCCUCGGCUUCGUGGAGCGGUUCCUGGACGCCGACGUGGCAGCGUCCGCGCCGUGGGACCGCGAGCGCGCGGCCAGGAUGCUCCCGCAGCUAAAGCGCGUCAACGACUGGCUCGGCGAGAUCGGGAAGCGGAGCGAGACUCCGUCGCUGCCGCCGGCCGACGCAGACGGUGAGGCGACCACCGCGAGCACCGCCCCUGUCCCCGCGAACGGCGGCUGCGGCGUACCCGAGGAGACAAUAGAGCGGCUAAGAAAAAAGAUCUACGAGUAUCUACUCACCAAUGUCGACUCUGCCGCCGCAAUGCUCGGCGGUGGCGGAGGCGGCGGGGCGGCCGCGCCGACGAACGGGAAGAAGGGGUGACGCGUGGAUGGGAGGUCCCAAUUGGGCCGUUAAUAGUGUGGAAUUUGAUUGGGCCAGAAAUGGGCUGGGUUAGCUAAUGUAGGCUUCGUUUCUGUUGUUUCUUUGUUGGGCUUUGAGCCUUUCAGCUUCUCUUAUUUCUUAUCAUGGUCACAAAAGAAAGAAAAGGUGGUGAAAAUUUGACCUGUAUUUAUCACUGACGUCGACUGGGUGGCUCUGAAUUACGGAGUAUUGCUCCAUUGAUGAUUUUCUGAUUUUUCGAGAUUGGAAAGUGAUUCUUUUGACAGAGAAUAUGGACUGUUCGUUA